CUCGCAACUCACACGAAUUGGUGCAAAUUUCUCUACGAAUAGCAUCCGUCGAAAUGGGGAUGGGAAAUUGGAUCCCUCCUCACCGCAGAGCUGCGGGGAAUUCGUCGGCACAGAUCACUCGCUCGCCGGAGCUUUCUGCGACGGGUUUUGCAAACGCAGGAGACAGCGUCAAUGGUGGAGCGGAAGUGGAUGGAAUGGGUUGCGAGAUGUUGGUUGCGAAUCCAGUUCGUGCGGUGAAUCCUGAAUCCACACCAUCCCUCGCUUGAUAUUUUGUGUUGUUCUGCUUGCGGGAAGGCUGAGCUUGCAAUUCCACGUCUCGUGUCCCCACGGUUUGGAGCUCCCUGGUCGCGCACUAGCGCUGUGAUUGUGUCCCGACUUCCGAGCUGCGAGAGUUUUCCCAGAGUAUGAAUGAUUGCUCGUGGGUUGGACAAUUGAGGGAGUGAGUUUGGGGUUGAUUGAGGAAGUGAUCGAGGAUUGAAUUCGAUUGGAUUGGAUUGGAAUGGCCGCGUGCUGUGUGUCUGUGGCGGUGAUGGCCAAUUUGAGUAGCAGUGUAGUCGCCGUUCCUCCCGAUAAGCAGAGCGUGGCUGUGCGCAAGGACUCCUCCACUGCCCCCGCCGUUCAAAGCAAACUCGUACUCAUGCGCCAUGGCGAAAGCAUGUGGAAUGACUUGAAGCUGUUCACAGGGGAUGUGGACAUUCCGUUGACGGAGAAGGGUGUGGAGGAGGCGCUGGCGGGCGGGAGAGCCGUAAGUGAGAUUGACUUCGACAUCAUUUUCACAAGCCGACUCGUUCGCGCUAAGCAAACCGCUCUCAUUGCAAUGACGCAGAGCAAGUUCAAGCGAGUGCCAGUAUUAGUGAGGGGGGGGUUUUAUGGUAAGGGGAAGACGGGCGACGCGAAUCGAAUUCGGUUACGCGACGCUGCGGCGAAGGCGCUCGAAACGGCGGCCUGCCGAAUGGUGCCCGUCUACGCGGACCCUGCGCUUAAUGAGCGCUGCUAUGGCGAUCUCCAGGGAUUGAACAAAGCGGCUGCUAUUGCAGAGUUCGGUGAGGAAACGGUGACGAGGUGGCGACGGAGCUACGAUACGCGGCCUCCAAAUGGAGAGAGCCUACAAGACACUUAUGUAAGGUCUGUGGGAUUCUUCAACUCGACCAUUGAGCCACGCUUAAAAGAAGGCCACAACGUUUUCCUCGUGGCGCACGGAAAUGUCUUGCGGUGCCUCAUCUCCCAUCUCGGUGGCUACUCUGACCUGGAAAUGCUCCGACUACAGAUCUUGACAGCCUUGCCUUACGCUUACUUAUAUAACGGCAAUGAAUUUGCGGAAUGCUGCAUACUUCCCCCGAGAGAUGACUGCAAUAUUCCUCUGAUUAACAUGCCUUUGGGUGUUUCAUCUGUUUUGAAGAAAGCAGAAUUAGAUUCAUUAAUAUAAGUGUUCACGAAUUUAAGGUGAAUACUCAUAUUGUUUAGCCGAUUAUUACUAUCAAUUAACCAUUAGUCUGUGAAUAAUAUAUUUGACAAAUGCAAUUGGAAUGAAGACAAUAGAAUAUUUAUAAAAUAAUACAUCAGUUUGUGAAAAAAACUGGGUGUCAAAUGUGACAGUUAAAUUGAAGAUGACGACAAGUUCACUUUUCCUA